AUGUCGUCUUUAAGGAAUGCCAUCCCGAGAAGGGCUCACAAGGAGCGUGUUCAGCCACAAUCUAGAAGGAGAUUCGGGCUGCUCGAAAAACAUAAGGAUUACGUUAAGCGUGCGAAAGCUUACCACCAAAAGGAGCAAGCUAUCCAGAAACUUAAAGAAAAAGCGGCCUUUAAGAACCCGGAUGAGUUUUACUUCAAGAUGGUUAAAACAAGAAUGGUUAACGGAGUCCACAGAUUGGAGAGUGAAGCAAACAAGUAUACUAAAGAAGAGCUCAUGUUGAUGAAGACUCAAGACAUUGGGUACAUUUUUCAGAAACUUCAAACCGAAAAAAAGAAAAUCGAGAGGCUAAGUGGGAUGCUGCAUUGCCUUGAUGAUGACAACCGCUCGUCAAGCAAGCACGUUUAUUAUGUUGAGGACAGGGAUGAAGCUAGAGAUCUACGAUCUAAAGUCCCGGAAAACAGAGGAAAAAACCCUGCUUUCAAGGACUUGCCUAAGGAUAUCCAAAGGAAAACUGCUGCUUCCUACCGAGAACUCGAGGCUAGGAAAAACAGAGCCCGGGAGCUAGAGAAACUUUACUUGGAUAUGGCUAUGCAGAAAGAAUUGCAGAAAAAGGGCAGAAAGCGCAAACUUCAUGACGAUGAGAUUGUUUCGUCGGCCUCAGGACCCGUGUACAAGUGGCGGCAGGAAAGAAAACGCUGA